AUGACCGAGAUGUUAGCUGGAAUAGAAGGAGUGAUAAUCUAUAUUGACGAUAUAGUGGUGGCGGGAAGAACCCUUCAGGAGCACGACGAGCGUUUGCGGGAAGUCCUCGCAGUGCUGGAACGCAACAACACGAUGCUGAAUCGGGGCAAGUGCAUCAUUCGGGUGCAGGAACUCGAAAUUCUCGGUUUCAAAGUGAGUGCCCAUGGCAUCAGCCCGUCGGCGGAGAAGGUUCAGGCUAUAAAAAACUUCCGGAAACCAGAAACGAAGGAAGAAGUCCGUAGUUUUCUGGGGCUAAUGAACUUUGUUGGCCAUUUUAUCCCACAUCUUUCAACAAGAUCCGAGCCGUUAAGGAAGUAUCUCCGAGGAGAAAUCGCCACUUUCGGAUUGGAACAAGCACAGGCCUUCGACGACUUGCGUAACGAACUGUCUAACCAUGUUCGCAAGCUUGGAUUUUUCGACCCCAGGGAAACGACCGAGCUCUACGUUGAUGCUUCGCCUGUGGGACUGGGAGCAGUGCUCGUCCAGCGGGACUCCAACAACACCCCCAGAAUCGUCAGUUUUGCUUCCAAGGGCUUGACGGUGUCUGAACGAGUCUACCCGCAAACACAACGAGAAGCAUUGGCUGUAGUUUGGGCAGUGGAGAAAUUUUUCUUCUACUUGUUUGGGCUACACUUCACGUUGUAUACUGAUCACAAGACGCUAGAGUACAUCUAUGGUGGUAAACAUCAGAUAGGAAAACGCGCGUGCUCGAGGGCUGAAGGAUGGGCUCUACGGUUGCAGCCGUACGAUUUUGGGGUAGAGUAUUUACCGGGGACCGACAACAUCUCAGAUCCACUCUCGCGACUUGUGAAUCAAGAAGAUCCAGCAUUCGACGACAACGCUGAGCAUUAUCUGUUGGCAGUGGGUGAAGGUCCAGCAGCCAUAACGUUCAAUGAAAUCAGACGGGAAACAUCCAACGACGACAACUUGUCCGCAAUCAUGAAGGCACUCGAAACUGGUGAAUGGCCGCCGGAGCUCUUCCGUUAUCAAGCUUUCGACAAGGAACUCGGAGUUGUCGAUGGGAUGUUGAUCCGUGGCGAGAGGAUUAUACUUCCAGUAAAGCUGAGAGCCAGAGCCCUGGAGAUCGCCCAUCGAGGUCAUCCUGGAGUCGUGUCUAUGCGUAGAAAUCUGCGGGAAAGAGUUUGGUGGCCCUGCAUGGAUCGAGACGUGAAGGAUAAUAUCCAGCAAUGUCGUGGUUGUGCUGUUGUUAGUAAACAAAAUCCUCCAGAACCAAUGCAGCGUAAGCAGAUGCCGGAACGGGCCUGGCAGGAAAUUGCCGUAGAUUUUUUUACGGCUAAAGAGUGCGCUACUUUUCUCGUCGUUAUCGACUAUUACAGUCGGUUUCUCAAAGUCAUCGAAAUGAAGACUACAACGGCUGCCAAGACCAUCGAAGCUCUGGAAAGUGUGUUCGGCGAGCAAACCUAUCCUGAAGUAAUCCGCAGCGAUAACGGCCCCCCUUUCGCCAGUGAGGAAUUCCGCAACUACUGCCUGAGCAAGAAUGUACGCUUGAACCACACUAUUCCUUAUUGGCCGCAGAUGAACGGUUUGGUGGAGAGGUCAAAUCAAGGGAUUCUUCGAACGCUACGAAUCGCUAAGGCAUCGGGGACUGAUUGGAGGACAGCGCUUCAGGAAUUUGUGCACGUGUACAACAGAACACCACACAGCGUCACUGAGAAGGCCCCGCUCGAGCUGCUUUUGGGUCGUCCCGUCAAAGACCUACUCCCGUCCCUCAGAACCGAACCAGGAUCAUACCGCGAUGAAGGCGUACGUGACAUGGAUGCUAUGAAGAAAGCGAAAGGAAAGCUGUAUGCGGACAAACAUCGCCACGCAAAGCCGUCGGACAUCAAGGUUGGCGAUUCAGUUAUGGUCAAGAACUAUGACAGCGGCAAGCUUGAGCCAAAUUUCCGUUCUGAACGAUUCACAGUCAUUAAGCGAAGUGAGAACGACGUGGUGAUAGAAAGCGAGAAUGGAGUUAGAUAUCGUCGGUGCGUAACCCACCUGAGGAAGUGGCCUUUGGAAACCUCGUCUGAUAAUCCGAAUCCGGAAGCUGAACCAACCGAGGGCGACAAGAAGUCUGAAUCAACCGAUAUAGAGGAGCAAACAGUCAAGCGACCCAAACAUUCGUGUGAUGAUCAUGUAAAAGGUGUUAUGAGACGAGCGGGCUUCAAUUUGCGGGGCACGAUCUUCAGCAAGUCCAACCAAUUCAUCUGCUUCGCUGACGACAUGGACAUUGUUGGCAGAACGUUCAAGGCGGUUGCGGAUGCGUACACCGGCUUGAAGCGGGAAGCAGAGAAGUGUUCCAUCUACAAGUCGCUGAUAAGACCGGUCGUCCUCUACGGGCACGAGACAUGGACAAUGCUCGAAGAGGACAUACGAGCGCUAAGCGUCUUCGAACGUCGAGUGCUAAGGACCAUCUUUGGUGGCGUAUAUGAGAACGACGGAUGGCGGCGGAGAAUGAACCACGAACUUGCACAACUCUACAACGAACCAAGCAUCCGGAAGGUCGCGAAGGCUGGACGGUUGCAGUGGGCCGGUCAUGUUGCAAGGAUGCCGGAACGUACCGAGCAAUUGAGCCAACGGAACCAGAAGAUCAAUCCUGCGAAGUUGGUGUUUGUGUCGGAACCGGUAGGAACAAGACGUAGGGGGGUGCAACGUGCGAGGUGGGUGGACCAAGUGGAGAGCGAUCUAGAAAGUGUGGGUGCACCGCGAAAUUGGAGACAUGCAGCCAUGGACCGAGCUUGUUGGCGGAGAAUCGUGCAGCAGGCCAAGCUAAUGGUGUAG